ACAAAUCGUUGACACUUGAACAAUUUUUUGUUUUAUGUGAUGGAGAGCCCCGACGGUAAAUCUGGAGAGGAUACUGCAAAACAGAAAACUCGAACGUUUGGUUUUCGGGACUUGAGUCGUUCGAACGUUGUAGGCUACAGAGAUGACUCGUUUCAUCGGGACAAAUUUUCGCCAAGAUCUGAGACUGAUGAGUCCGAAGAAGCGAAACAUUUUUCGAAAUUUUAUAGCUCAGAGGGGUCUGAGAAUAAGGACGAGCCUCAGGUUUUGGAUCCCGACAACCCUCUUUUGGAGAGAUUUCAAAGAACUUUGAAAGAGCACCUAGAGCGACAGAUUAAUCAUUUGAAGGACGAUAUUUACGAAUAUGAAUCUGGCGCAAAAAAGAACAACGCAAAACGCGAAGAAUUGGGCCUUAUGGUCUACGAACAACAGCAAGUCCUCAACAAUCAACAGAAAUCUCUAAACCUCUACAUUUCGAAAGUGGAAACCACCGCAGCCGCAUGCCAAGAACUCGAAAACGUUCUGGCAGAAAAAAAAGACGAAUUUACUACAAAACGCAACAAUCUCUAUCACGAAGAGUCGCAAGAAAUCGAGCUCCGCAACGAAAUCGAAAGCACCAACUUGCUCAUCCAGCAGAUGUCCCAGUGGGAACAAAACCUGGAAUCCGACAUCACCGUGAAGAAACGCGUCUACGAAAAAAGCCGCAAAGACAAAAUGCAACUGCUGGAGGACAAGCGGAUGCAAGACGGUCUCAUCUACAGACUGAUGAACCGAAUUUGGCAGCUGGAGCAAGAACUCGAGCGGAUGGACGUCCAGAUAAAAGUGAAAGAAGAAGAGAGGGAAGAAAUGGCCCAAACGGUAGCCUUGGGGAACACCAACAUCGACGCCAUGGCCGCGGAGUACCGCUGUCUGAUGCACUCGUGGAACUCCGUCAUCAUCGCGAUCGGGAACCGAGACAAAGUCUUAGCUUGUUUGAACAAGGAAGUGAACAAGGCGACGGAGCUUUUCAAGAACAUCGUCUGCGAAAUCGAACAAGUGAAGAAACUGAGUCAGCAAGAAAUGAAGAAGAACGAGCUCAUCAUGCUGCUGAAAACUCGGUUUCUGAUCGACGUGCAGAACUGCAAGGCCGAGUUCGACGCAGAAAUGGCGAAAAAGGUGGCCGUGGAGAAGAAGAUCAUGGAAAUGGAGGGCAUUGUCGAACAGACCGAAAACGAUAUUGCGAAAAUUCAGGACGAAACGCACGACUUCAACGUGUUGCUCGCGGCGCUCCAGCGCGAAGCUGAAGCGCUGACUUUUCAGAAAACAGAAAUGGAAGAAAUGAUAAUGAAGCUGCUGGAAGAACAAGUUUCUAACAACAAAACAGCUUUAACUCUGCAACGUUUCUUGAAGCAGUUCAAAGCGAAAAACAGAGAAUUGGAGAUUCAAGUGGCGAGCAGCGAAAAUAAAAACGCCUCUGUCAUGAGCGACAUCGAGAUACAGAAAUUGGCGAACUUCGAGAGCCAGCGCUACUUGGUGGAGUUAGAAGAGCAACUCCGGGUCUUGGGAAAAGAGGCCGACGGUUAUCAGGAAGAAAUGAAGCAGUUGGAACUGAGGAUUAUGAAGAGACAACGGGAAGUCGACAUGUUGAAUUCGAAAUUGCAGAAAAUGGUAGAAAAGUCUGGCGUGAACUAUACGUCUCCGUUAGAAAUAAAGAUUACAACACUGGAGAAGAAGAUUGAAGAAAUUCAAGAGCAUAUCAAAAAGUUGCAACAGUUCUGGCUGCGGGAGCAAAGCAAUCUUCUCAGGAUUUCAGAAGAACGACAGGAGCAAAUCCAAAACAACAACCUCAUACGCAAACAAAUAUUGAUUAUGGAGCAGAAGAAUCUAAAAGUGUCUGACGAUUUGGAAGCCCAGAAGAAGCGACAAGAUAAAGUUCUGCGUGCCAUUAAUAACCUCCACAGCCAGCUGACCGUCAUGGGCGACAAUUUUGUCAAAACGAAGGGACUGAAGACCCACAUGGACAAAGACAACGAAGUCAUGCGUCAAGAGUACAUUUACAAACUUAAGGAUGCCGAACUUGAGUGUCUGUCUUUAGAAGACGAAAUAGAACAGUUGGAAGAAGACAAAGUAAACAUGAGUAACGAACUACUCGAAAUGAAUCGUCAAGCUCUGGAAUGGGAGAAAAAGUUUUUGAUGGCUAAGGAAACGAAGAGCACGAUGAUUCAAGAAAGAGGACAAGAAGGAGAAGUGGGUGGGAUGAAAGCAGAAAUACAUCGGAUGAAUGUCAGAUAUAGCCAGCUAAAGAAAGUACAGGACGUACUUUCUAACGACUUGGAACAUUGCGUUUCAAGAAGGGAUGCAAUUGUGACAGCAGCGGAAGCCCGAGAAAGAAGAACUAAAGGCGGGGUUGAGCACACUAGAAUCAAUUUUCACAGAAAAUUGGAUGAUAUGAAGAACAAGACGAAGCAAAUGGAAAAUCAAAUUCAAGAAAUGAUGAACAAAAUGGUAGCCUACGAGAAACAAAAAGUGGAAAUAAAAGAACAAAUCGAAGAAAUAGAACGCCAAAUUGAAGUCACUCGUAUCCAUAACACAGCGAUAAAAGAAAACAUAGAAGAAACGAUAACUGAACGUCAAAUGAACUUCGAGUUACUUUUACAAUUUCAGAAGAAAUUGAAUACAUACACCGACAUUGUCAAGGGUCGAAAACCCUAUAUGGUUUACCGCACGAACAGUGCCUUGACCAGUGCGUACAGCAAAGAAUUGAACAUCAACUCGAAAUUGACAAAAAUCGUCGAAAAUCUACUAGGAGACUUCCCAAAUCACAUUCACGAACUAACUCGCAUUAGUAACACUUUGAAAUUACCUGUGUAUAUCUAUUUCCAAUAAAUUUUCAAAAGUA